AUUAUGUGUGAAGAGCUUGUGAGAUUACAAACAAUCGAGUUCAAGUAGGAAAUAGAGAAACGAUUUGCAAAGAGUCGUCAUAACCAUAAUUAUGUAUUUGAACGAGAAGGCAAUGAUUUUUCAGAUGAUGAUUCAUUAGAUUCUUUGAAAAACAUUGAAUUAUACAAUUUAUGCAAACCCAUCCGUAAUAAAUCAAUGGAAACAGAACGUACUAUGCCUAAGACCAGCAAAACAUUAUUAAUACGAUUACUAAAACCUAAAAAAUAACCAUCAGUCAAUGAAAAUAGAUCCAACAACACUUCAUUAUAUAAAUCUAGAUCAUAAAGCAAAAAUGGCACUACUAGACUUCGUACUGAGUAUUAUGUUUUAUUUUUAAUCAGAGGUUCAGUCCUUCGAGAAUCAAAAAAUGUAACCUUAAUUUCUCCAAAGAUUCCAAAAAGUCCUUUGUAUAUUUAAGUAGAUAAUUUGAUCAAAUCCACUAAGAAUUAACAUCUUUACAAACUUAAUAAUUACUCUAUGGCUGUAUGAUUUAUAAAUUAAUAAUUAAUGUCAUAAAAAAUUAAGCAGCCUACUCUCCUUUCAAAAGUACAUCCAAAAGUAUUAUUCAAUACUUAAGAGUAAAUUAAAUCAUAGAUUUCUUAGACUCAAUGCUCGUGUAGUUAAAGUUUAAAGUCCUUUUGAAUAUAUGAAUUACAUUAAGCGUAGAUAAGAGUAUCUAAACAAGUAGAAGUAGCUUCUAAAUAAUCUUCAAUUGAAUGAAGAAAAUUAUGAAAAAUUGACAUUUUCUGUAAAACAAAUUGGAGUGAUUAAUGAUGAUGGAAGAUUUGGAACAUAUAGUCAGCGUAGAUAUUUAUUAAAAUCUAUGGAAUCCACAAGAUAAUAAAAAUCUGAAUCAAUAUAAUAUCCUUAAACAGAAAGAGCAUAAUAUUAAUUUAGAGCUAAAGCUUUACCAAGCAGUCGUAAAGAGAAAUUUAGAUUUUCUCCAUAAUAAAGUGUUAAGUUCUUCCUUUUGCCAGAAAGAUAAGAAACUAAUAUUGAAGUUAAAAAUAGCCCAGUCGAUAAAAUACUUAAAAGAUCAAGACAAAAGAAACGAAUUCCAUAAAGUCAACCUAUACCUCCUGAAAUCAUUUUUGCUAAAAGUUAGCCGAAUCCUAAAUAUUCCUCAUAUAGUAGAUAACUUUAAGAACUUACAACAACAGUGGAAUUUAAUAAACUACUUUGA